AUGCUUCCCGGCAGUCUACUGCUACUCUGCCUCGCUGCCAUUGGCGCGAGGGCGCAGAAUGAUGAAGGCAGCAGUUCCAGCGACAGCGCGACAUCCAGCAGCAGCAGCGGCUCCAACACUCGCUCCAGCACUCGUUCCAGCUCCAGUUCCAGCGUCGAACCUGUUUUGUUCACCUUCACCAAUGGCGGCAGCACCUUGACGGGAACCCAGAUCCCAACUGCUAUCCCUACUGGAUCAGAUGUCACAUACUUGACGGGCAGUUCACAAAGCACGCGCGAGACUUCGACGCGGACAUCCAACGACACCAUGACGACUUCUUCCAAUUCACAAAUCACCGCCUCUUCGAAAGCCGUUUCUGUCACGCAGAUUAUUGGAGGUGCAGGUUCAAAUUCGACCAUGACCUCGAAGACUUCAUCAGCAGCUGCGCCUACGAAUACUGUACCAUGUAACGGAUUUCCGGAGUUUUGCGAGAGGAAAUACAGCAACAUCUCAAUGGUGGUGGCUCACAACGCCGCUUUCGUUCAGCCUGCAAAUGCAGCUAGUAACCAGUUGCUUGGGGUCAAAGAUCAGUUGGCCGAUGGUGUUCGCAUGAUCCAAGGAGAAGUCCAUUGGGAUGAAGCAAAUCAAACUCUAUACAACUGCCACAGCAACUGCGACUUACUCAACACAGGUCCCUACCAAGACACUCUCACAACCAUCCGAAAGUUCCUCGACGACAACCCCUACGACGUAGUCUCCAUCCUCAUCGUAAACUCAGUCUACACGAAAGUAGAAAACUUCGUCCCAGCAAUCACAAACGCCGGUCUCCUACCCUACGUCUACGAACCGCAAUACGUCCCCCAACACCGCGAUCAAUGGCCCACMCUAGGCGAAAUGAUCCUCCGCAACCAACGGGCUGUAAUCUUCAUGGACUACGAAGCUAAUCAAGAAUCCGUACCCUAUAUCCUCGAUGAGUUCUCACAUAUUUGGGAGACUCCCUUCUCUCCUGUCGAUGCUUCAUUCCCGUGCACACAACAACGUCCUCCGGAUCUCGACCCCAAACGUGCGCGAGACGAGUACAUGUACAUGGCGAACCACAAUCUCAACACGGCCAUUGAUCUUUCUUCUCUGGGGAUUGAUACUGGAGGAUUAUUGGUUCCAAACACGCCCAAGUUGAAUAUCACGAAUGCAAAGGGGAAUGAGACGGGGAUGUUGGGUGCCAUGUCUUAUAAUUGUGCCGCGGAGUGGGGUCAUCCACCGAAUUUCCUGCUGGUGGAUUACUAUAAUGUUGGACCCAGUGGUGAUAACUCCCCCGAUGUGUUUGAUGUCGCAGCGAAGGAUAAUGGGGUUGUGUAUUCGAUUGAAUGCUGUGGAAUGGGUGGACAAAAGUCCGCUGCGCCAGUUAUGAGGAUGAGUUUCGCUGCGCUGGUGGUUGCGGUGGGUGUCUUUGUUGUGGUUGUGUAG